AUGUUUUCCCUGUACCCUCAUAACUUAGUUUAUGCGGGAAGUUGCAUACUUGCCUCGGUAUGUACCCUCUGUGUAUGCAGAAAUCGUGAACUAUUUCCACAUAUUAGUGAAAAUAAGUCCAUUGGAUAUCUGUACCGUCUUUUAAACAUUCACAAAUAUGAGGCGUUUAAUAUUAUAGUACAAAUUCAUCAUAUAAAUUUAAAAUUUGGAGAUGAUGAUAACAACAAAUAUAUACUUCAUUUGAAAGUUGGAACAAGAUAUUCUUAUACGAACUACUAUAAAAACCAUCUUAAUAAAAUACAUAUAGAAGAAAGAAAAAAUUUGGUUAUCAAACAAAAUAAUACCACAUUAACAGUUGAAGUUUAUAAAAAGGGAACAAUUAAAAAUACAUUUGUUGGAUCAGCAGAAAUACAUAUAUAUAAUGAUAUAAUUAAAAAAUUUUUUCCUUGCAAUAUAUAUUUUAAUGUUGUAAAUAAAAAUCAAAUUGUUGCAACGGCUUGCUUGUCUUUUCAUUAUAUUAAUUUAGAUUCUAUAAAAAAGGAGGAUCAAUUAUAUACAUCUUUAUUUAUUGAAACUAUUAUAUCCGUUCAAAAAUACCAAAAUAAAAAUAAUGAACAAUUAGAAAAACUUAUAAGUCAGGGGAUAGAGCAUUUCAAUGCAAUAAAGGAGCUCGACAUUAGUACAACGAUAUACAAAAACAUAACAAAUCUUCCUAGUGAAGACAAAAUUCGUCUUUUCUGCAAAAGUUUAAACGGACAUUUACUACAUAGCAAUUUUUAUGUAAAAUCGUUUUAUAAUAAAUAUUAUUUUUAUUUGCAUUUUUUCAAAGGAAAAUUUUAUUGGUGUUAUUAUAAUGAGGAAGCAGAUGCAAAGAUUGACAAUAAUAGAGUUGGGUAUAUACGACUUGAAUGUGUAAAGAAUGUCUACAGUGAUGUGUAUAGUCACAGAUAUUUUUAUAUAAAAUACAGAAAAAAAAAUGAAAAAAAAGAAAAUUAUUUAUAUUUAAAAACUGUAGAUAGAGAUAGAAAUAUAUGGAUCAAUAUAAUCCAUGAUUUUAUAAUAUUAGUAAAUAAUUAUAGAAAAGAAAAAAAAAUGAAAAAAAAUAAAAUUAAAGAAUUAACAACUAAUUAUAUACAAGGAAAAUCACAAGAAGAAAUUGAAAUAAACAGAAAAUUGUCACAAUCUUUUUCAAAAAAUUCUAUUAAAAAUAAAUAUUUAGAAAAAAAAAAUUUUAUAGAAACUUUAAGUAAUGCUGAUGAAGAAAAUUACAAAACAAAUGACAAUGAAUUAGAUAAUAUACUUAAGGAUAUGACUAAAAAUAUGUACAUUUAUAGUGAUUAA